AUGUGGGGGCUCAUAGCUCGACGUAGAUGUGAAACUUUGUUAAAUCAGAAACAAAGCAUCAUAACAUUUUUUGACAAGCAAUCAGAUCAACGGAAAAGGGAAUAUAGAACUCGUUUGAAUGCAUCAGUUGAUUGUAUUUGCUUUUUACAACAACAUGGAUUAGCAUUCUGUGGCCAUGAUGAAUCUAAAAACUCAAGUAAUCAGGAAAAUUUUCGUGAAUUGUUGCAAUUUCUUGCGAAACAUAUUGAAGAAAUUGACAAGGUAGUCUUAGAAAAUGUUCCUGAAAAUCAUCAAAUGACCACACCGGACAUUCAAAAAGAAAUAGCAAAUGCUGUAGCAAGUGAAACUCUAGAUGCUAUUCUUAAAGAUCUUGGAGACUCGUCAUUUGCUAUCCUAGUUGAUGAAUCUCGUGAUAUAUUUGUUAAAGAACAAUUGGCAAUUGUUUUGCGAUAUGUAUAUAAGCGGGGCCAUGUGAUUGAAUUUUUUGUAGGCAUUACACAUGUUAGCAAUACCAUAGCUGUAGUAUUGAAGAGGACAAUUGAGUCAGUACUUAACAAGCAUCAUUUAAGUAUUAGCAUAUUGCGAGGAUAUUGA